CCGCCCCUCCUCUUCCUCCUCCCUGCUUGCUUCUAAUGGAUCCAUAUAUUCACAGCUUCUUCUCGGUCCCUUCGCUUCAGUUUUGUUCCUUAUUCAGAAAACUGGAAUGUACCAGAACCACAUCAAAGACACAAACAACAACUGCAGCAAAAGCCUUCUCUGUGAGAAAAAGGCCAAGCUUGUCCAGGCUAUUAAAAGAAUCAAACAUGAGGUAGACGAAUGCAGAGAAGCAGAGAGAGAGACUUUCAUAGACUCAUUGGAAGUAGAGAACAGGUUUGAAGAAUUAGAACGGGAAAUCAGAGCCGAGUUUCAGAACCUCCAUCGCUUCUUGGAAGAGGAGGAGAAUCAAGACCUGGAAAGGCUGAGGAGGGAGAGGCAGAAACAGCUGAAGCAGCUGAAGGAGAGAGAGAAGAAGAUAGAGGCACAAGGAAGGGAUCUGGAAAAAGCAAUAACAGUGCUGAACAGCAAGCUGACUGAGGAGGAUAGUCCUAAACUGCUCAAAGAAAUCCAAGAUCUUGUAAAAAGGUCUCAGGUCCACUUUAUUCUUCCUGCAGAGGUUGACACAGAGGUCCGCUCAGGCUGGUUUGUGGGUCCCAUCCAAUACAGGAUAUGGAAACACAUGAAAAGCUGCCUUUACCCAAAUAUCACAUCAGUAAAGUUUGACCUGGAGACUGCCCACCCUAAUCUAUCCCUGUCUCAGACCUGCACGUCUGUUUGGUUCGAUGAAGAUAAGGACACAUCAGGGGUCCAAGCCAACCCACGUCGGUUCAACUACUACUACUGUCUCCUGGGCCAGCAGGGCUUUAAUACUGGCCGGCACUACUGGGAAGUGGAGGUGGGCUACAAAACUGCAUGGAGGUUAGGUGUGGCACGAGAAGAUGUUCCCAGAGGAGAGAUGACAGAAACUGGAACCUCCAUCGGCCUCUGGACGUUGGCCUUGAAGGGCGGCUCUAUCCUGGCAUGCACUGAUCCGAAGCCCACAAAGGUCACCGUGUCCGCCCGUCUUAUCCGCAUCGGCGUCUUCUUAGACUGUGAGGGGGAGGAAGUGACGUUCUACAACGCCGUUACCAUGGCGCCGAUUUACACCUUCUCCACUGGAACUGUCAUGGUUCCCCUCUUUCCCUUCUUCAACCCAUGUGACACAGAUGAUGGAAAGAACACAGGACCGAUCACCAUCUUUAAUCCCUCACUUUAGGAUGCUGGACUUAGUAGCUGGAAGAAUGAUGGACAAAACGAAUCUUAGAAUGAGUAAAAAUUUAUUUUAUUUGUCUUAUGGCUCAACACCAACCAAAAUGUGUUUUUUUUGUUUCCUUAUCAUUGAAAGUAUUUAAGCUAGUUAAUAAAUAAG